AUGAACACUGAGCAAAUCGAUCAGGUCUUGGAACCUGUUCAGGGCCCAGACGAGCUUGAAAGCCAAGAAUCGACUCUCGAAAAUCUGAUUGACGACUUGCCUACAGAAGAGGCAGAGCCAACAGAGGAUCAAGAAGACGAUGGUACAAAGUACACUCAAGCUCGAUUCGAGCUCUUACCUACUCCUCCAGAAAGCCCAUUUUCAAGCUUCUUAGCACAAAUUGGAAUACAGUCACCUGCAAGAAAAGAAGGACUUGACGUGGACCUGAAAAUCCUCAAUCAAGCCUUCAACGCCGGAACAAUGGCUGUACCAAUUGCAAAGCAAGAAGGAAAGCUGAUAACAAAGGCAACGAGGAGCAGAUACAUCCGCGGAAGACUGAAGCCCAGAUGGGAAGCGCAAAAGAGCCAUAUGAACCUCGUUCCAGACAAGGAGAGACUCCAUCGGAGGAAUCUGCCACCGGCUCCAAGCUCUUUUGGAAGUCUCACCGGUCACCGGUUCGAGGAGGAGUUCAAACAAGCGCAAAAGGACCAUCUGGAGAGUCAUAAGCAGAUGCGAUCAUGGUCAGAGAUUUCGAGGCUUGAUCCCCGAAUUGGAGACUCGCAAGUACUUGACUGUAUGUGGGUCUUCACAUAUAAGUUUGACAAACAUGGGUACCUGCGAAAAUGCAAGGCAAGGCUUGUAGUUCGAGGAGACCAACAGUAUAAGUCAAGCACAGAUGAUACAUAUGCUGCUACCCUUGCUGGAAAGUCAUUCAGGACGCUUAUAGCAAUUGCUGCAAAAUAUGACCUAGAGCUCCUGCAGUACGAUGCAGUGAAUGCGUUUGUAAAUGCAAAACUGCAAAGCAAUGUAUUCAUGAAGCUGCCACCCGGUUACCGGAGUGGUGAGAAACAGGAUCGAAUACUGCUCCUACACAAAGCACUUUACGGUCUGCGCAUCGCACCUCUUUUGUGGCAAAUGGACCUCGGAGAUACCCUCGAGGCUCAAGGCUGGAAUCAAGUCCCAAAUGAACCAUGUUGCUAUCGGAAGGAGAAUAUCCUUAUGUUCUUCUACGUAGACGACAUACGUAUUUGCAUAUAA